UGAGCAGUGACGUACUAAAUGUGCGUCGGGGGCUGAGCUGCGAUGGCGCUGAGUUUCGCGCCGCUCUGCAGUGCUCUGGACGCGGGUUUCUGGCACCAGUUAACCCGCCGCAAACUGGAGCUUUACCGACUGGACCAGAGCGCCAAACCGCUGCGGGGACAUUACUACAACGGAGAUCCCAGUGGAUUACCAACUCGUCUGACCUUGGAGUUCAGCGCCUUUGACGUGAACACACUGACCCCAGCGCGGUGCUGCCCAGCAUUCGGCUCCCUGUACAACACCAACACCUUCCAGGCCUUCAAAUCCACUGAUAAGAAAGCUUUACUGGAACAGGUGGGGAAGGAGAUCUGGGAGUCCAUAAAGUCCGGCCGAGCAGUGGAGGACCCCACUCUACUGAACUCCUUUAUUCUGCUGACGUUUGCAGAUUUGAAGAAGUACCAUUUCUAUUACUGGUUUGCGUUCCCUGCGUUGUGUUUCCCGGAGAUGGUGCCCCUACUCCAGCAGCCGGUCAGCUUAUCAGAGAGCUUCUCCAGCGCUCAGGUGGAGUCUCUGCAGCGUGCAUAUGACGAACUGUGUCAGGAGGAGAGCCUCUCUGCCGUCCCUUACUUCCUCGUCAAGUACUCUGACCAGACCGUCUUGUUGGCGCCUUUAAGAAAAUGGAACGAGUUCUUCAGAGACCAGAGAAAGGUAACUGUGGGUUUCUGUGAUCCUUGCACCUUAACCCAGUACCCGGGGUGGCCACUACGGAACCUUCUGGUCCUGAUUGCCUACAGGUGGGGUGAGAGGCUCGAGUCGCUGGAGAUCCUGUGUUACAGAGACCGGACGAUGCAGGGCCAGAGAGACAGUCAGCACAGCCUCCUCCUCCAGGUGCAGCUUCCUGACAUGGCGGCCACCACAGAUUGCCCGAAGUGUGUUGGCUGGGAGAAGAAUCAGAAAGGAGCCCUGGGUCCACGGAUGGUGAACCUCAGCGAGUGUAUGGAUCCCAAGAGACUGGCCGAGGCUUCUGUUGACCUGAACCUGAAGCUGAUGCGCUGGCGGCUGGUGCCCACGCUGGACCUGGAGCGGGUGAGCACGGCACGGUGCCUGAUGCUGGGAGCCGGCACCUUGGGCUGCAACGUGGCACGCACCCUGCUGGGUUGGGGAGUCAGGCAGAUCACUUUCGUGGACAACGCCAGAGUCUCCUACUCUAACCCUGUGCGCCAGUCUCUGUUCGAGUUUGAGGACUGUCUGGAUGGUGGGAAGAUGAAAGCUGUGGCCGCGGCCGAAAAACUGCGGCAGAUUUUCCCCGGAGUGAAAGCCGAGGGCUUCAGCCUGAGUAUCCCGAUGCCGGGACACCCUGUGGAUUUCUCUGUGGAGACGAGGGAACAGGCGCGGAGAGAUGUGGAGCAGCUGGAGGAACUGGUGCGCUCACACGACGUCCUCUUCCUCCUCAUGGACACUCGGGAGAGCCGCUGGCUGCCCACCGUCAUGGCGGCCAGUCACCGCAAGCUGGUGAUCAACGCUGCUCUGGGCUUCGACACCUUUGUGGUGAUGAGACACGGGCUGAAAAAAGCGAAGCAGGAAUGUGGGGAGCCAGCUACCUCCACCGGCCCACCCCCCUCGGCCACAGACCCACCCCCCUCGGCCACAGGCCACUCCCACUCCACGGGACCCUCCCUCUUCUCCAACAUUCCGGGAUACAAGCUGGGCUGUUACUUCUGCAACGAUGUGGUGGCCCCUGGAGAUUCCACCAGAGACCGCACGUUGGACCAGCAGUGCACGGUCAGCCGGCCCGGCCUGGCCAUGAUCGCGGGAGCCCUGGCUGUCGAGCUGAUGGUUUCCAUCCUGCAGCAUCCCGAGGGUGGCUACGCCGUGGCCAGCAGCAGUGACGAUCGCUUGAACGAGCCACCCACGUCCCUCGGUCUGGUUCCUCAUCAGAUCCGGGGCUUUGUAUCCAGGUUUGACAACGUGCUGCCGGCCAGCCUGGCCUUCGACAAGUGCACAGCCUGCUCCGCCGUGGUCCUGGAUCACUAUGAGAAAGAAGGAUUCCAGUUCCUGGCUAACGUCUUCAACUCUUCUCAUUCCUUCCUGGAGGAUCUGACCGGUCUGACACUGUUACACCAGGAAACUCAGGCCGCGGAGAUCUGGGACUUGAGCGACGAUGAAAGUUUCUGAACAGAUUGCUGAACGAGCAAUGUAUGUACUGGGGGAGGUGAGGUGGGGGUGGGGGGCAGCGCUGCGCACAGUGCUGUGGUCUAUGCUGGGGGAUUGGGGGGAUCCGCAUGCUGUGUGGUCUCCCGGCGUUACUGUGGCUGUGAUCACUUUAAUUGUGAGCUUUUUCUGUGUAAAUAAAGCUGAUGGUUUUUA